CGCGCAGCCGCGGCCGCUGGGGUUGCCUCCCUCAACUGCGGUCGCGGGCGGUCGCGACUCCGCGCCUCAGGAGGGAGCGGCCGGUGGGCCUGCAUCCUGUCCGUGGGGGUCGAGGCCGGGCUGCCGCGGCCGCCUCCUUCUGGUGCCUGGGCCGCCCUGAGGAGCCGGGCCGGGGCACGGCUGACUGACCGGCCCCGAGGAGCCGAGACCGCUGGAGGCGAAGGCGGAGGCGCACGUCUGGCGGUCUCCUGGACCGGGAGGAGGCCGAGGGGACCAUGUCCGGGAGGAACCUCCACCUUUCCACCACCGAACGCGUCAUCAAAGCUGUCCCCUUUCCUCCAACACAGCGGCUUACUUUGAAGGAAGUAUUUGAGAAUGGGAAACCUAAAAUUGAUAUUUUGAAAAACCAUUUGGUGAAGGAAGGGCGACUGGAAGAGGAAGUAGCCUUAAAGAUAAUCAAUGAUGGGGCUGCCAUCCUGAGACAAGAGAAGACUAUGAUAGAAGUAGAUGCUCCAAUCACAGUAUGUGGUGACAUUCAUGGACAGUUUUUUGACCUGAUGAAGUUGUUUGAAGUUGGAGGAUCACCUAGUAAUACACGCUACCUCUUUCUGGGUGACUAUGUGGACAGAGGCUAUUUCAGUAUAGAGUGUGUGCUGUUUUUAUGGAGUUUAAAGAUUAAUCAUCCCAAAACAUUGUUUCUGCUUCGAGGAAAUCAUGAAUGCAGGCAUCUUACAGAAUAUUUCACCUUCAAACAGGAAUGUCGAAUCAAAUAUUCUGAACAGGUGUAUGAUGCGUGUAUGGAAACAUUUGACUGUCUUCCUCUUGCUGCCCUCUUAAACCAGCAGUUUCUGUGUGUACAUGGAGGAAUGUCACCUGAAAUUACUUGUUUAGAUGACAUUCGGAAAUUAGACAGGUUUAAAGAACCUCCAGCCUUUGGGCCAGUGUGUGACCUGCUUUGGUCUGAUCCCUCAGAGGAUUAUGGCAAUGAAAAGACCUUGGAACACUAUACCCACAACACGGUCCGAGGGUGCUCUUAUUUUUACAGUUACCCUGCAGUUUGUGAAUUUUUGCAGAACAAUAAUCUGUUAUCAAUAAUCAGAGCCCAUGAAGCCCAAGAUGCUGGGUAUCGAAUGUACAGGAAGAGCCAAACGACAGGCUUUCCAUCGCUCAUUACUAUUUUCUCUGCCCCCAAUUACCUAGAUGUCUAUAACAAUAAAGCUGCUGUGUUAAAAUAUGAAAACAAUGUCAUGAAUAUCAGGCAGUUUAACUGUUCUCCACACCCAUACUGGCUUCCAAACUUUAUGGAUGUUUUCACGUGGUCUUUGCCUUUUGUUGGGGAAAAAGUCACAGAGAUGCUGGUUAACAUUCUCAACAUAUGCUCUGAUGAUGAAUUGAUUUCCGAUGAUGAAAUUGAAGGAGGCACUACAGUUCGAAAGGAGAUCAUCAAGAAUAAAAUCAGAGCCAUUGGGAAGAUGGCACGGGUCUUUUCAAUUCUUCGGGAAGAGAGUGAGAGUGUGCUGACUCUGAAGGGCCUGACUCCUACAGGUACCCUCCCUUUGGGUGUACUCUCAGGAGGAAAGCAGACUAUUGAGACAGCCACAGUAGAAGCAGUAGAGGCCCGGGAAGCCAUCAGAGGGUUUUCACUUCAGCACAGGAUCCGGAGUUUUGAAGAAGCCCGAGGUCUGGACCGAAUUAAUGAGCGGAUGCCACCCCGCAAAGAUAGCCAGUACUUUGAUGGGCCGGUGAAAUUGGCCCAACCAAACGCUGCGCACAGGAGUGACAAGGGGAGAAGAGCCAGUAAUGACUCAGAGCCCUGCUGUGGCACAGGUGGAUCCAAGACUUAACAAUCAAUUUUAUUUAUUUAUUAUUGGAAAACAAAACAAAAACAACUGAAACAACUUAAACCUGGAGGUGCAUUCAUAAUACACUCUGCAUUUACUCUGUAAGAAAGGUGACCAUUUUAUAAAUUCUUUUAAUUUAUGUUUAAUAUAUACAUAAAAAGUGAAUGUGUUUUGUUUUUCCUUUUUUUUUUCCCCGUAAUUUUUAGGAACUGAUCUGAUUGUCUGAUACGUAGUGAAGUCUUGUGCUAUAAAGGGGACCUUCCCCUAAUAAAAGGGCCUUGGAAACCUCUACCCUGGGUUUCUGACUUGAACUAGCCAGCCUUUUCUCUUGUUUUUGGAGAGUAAUAUCUUUCAUUUCAGACUAAUCAUUUUUCAAACACAAAAGGGUUUUUUCUUUUCUUUCUUUUUUUUUUUUUCCCCUUUCUACAGGGUACCAUUGAAGAAGAUCUCUUAGAUUUCAGUGGCUAAAACUUCUCUUCUUAUGGAAAACUUGAUUAUAGUAGAACUCCUAAGUGAAUAACCCAAACCCAGUGAUUUUAAGGGUCAAGGGAAAUGUUUUCCAUAAAAACUUACUUUCUUCUGAACUCUCAAUUACUCAAUGUAUUCUAGUAUGGCGAAAUAAAAAAUAAUGAGGGAUUUUCGUAGAAUUACUUAAAAUUUGUUCAUCUAACCGUGGGCGUGAUUGAUUGGUUUAAACUUCCCUUAGAACUUUGGAGGUUUCUUAACUGUUGCCAGAUCCUUUUGCUUUUGUUUUUGAACACUAGGUGAUUUACCCCAUCUGUAAAGGAAGCGACAUUUCUAAAUAUUCUAUAAAUGCCCUCUGUAGAACCUUCGAUGGUAACAAGUGUUUAUGCCCUUCUGUGUUACUGCAUCAGCUCUCACAUCUAUCCUCCCCGUCGUCCGUCUGUUUUUCUGUGUCAGCAUUUUUGAAACCAACUGGGGUAAUGGAAACUGACUAGGUUAAAAUGGUCCCCCUGUGAACUGGAAGUCUUGCUAAAGGGCAUUGGAUGAGUGAGGAUUUCUUGUCUAUCAAUUACUGGAAUGUUCCUCCAUUUUUCAACACUCAUUAGAUUGAACUGUGUGUCAGUCUCUGUCAGCAUAUUUUGGAAUACAAAAACAAGUGAUCAAAUACAAGGUUUGAAUAAUCUUUCCUUAGUUUUUCAAGUCACAACCAACUAGUGAAGGAAAUUUCAGGGAUCCUUAGGCUCCCAUUUUUGGUUUAGCCUGAUGACAGGUGCCAUGUCAUAAUACUCACUGGUCAGCCUUGUAGUGAAAGUGCAUGUCUGGGCCACACUACACCAAAGUGCAUAUUUGUGGAAUUCCUUAAUGUCAUUUGGGAUGUAGGAGUCCAGCAUUAAAGCAAGUAUCCCAGACAGUAGUACUUUAUGUUUGGAGCUUCAAGGACACCAGAAACCUUUUCUCAAAAAACAUAAUUUCAGGGAAUUCCCUGGCAGUCCAGUGGUUAGGACUCUAGGCUUUCACUGCUGAGGGCCCAGGUUCAGUCCCUGGUCGGGGAACUAGGAUCCCACAAGCCAUGUGGCACGGUUCAAAACAAAACAUAAUUUCAUUAGAAGAAUGAGGGUUUAGCCCAUCUAUCUCUGUUUUCCUAUGCCCUGCUAACAGUUCCCAAUUUGUUUAUGACAGAGAUCAAAGCACUUUGGAGAUUGGAAUCUGGUGGCUAGACUGCUCUGUUAACAAAAAAGAUAGGAAGGAUGUUGGGAAGGAGAGAAAAGAUCUCUUACUGGGUUGUGAGUAAAAUCUUUGAAAGAGGAGAGAAAGAGCCUCCAGUCGCUGUCUUUACUGAUCAUCAUUUCUUUAUAAUCAAAGAGGAAUUCAUCACCUGGAUAUCCUCAUACUCCUCCCUCCCCCAAUCCCAAUAGGGAGAGGGCCGCUGUUUUGGAAAUCUCACCUAAUGUGACAGUCAGUUUACAGGACAGGUUUGAUAGAUGGGAGUCCCUGAUUCCUUUCUCUUUUCCAUUGAGGCUAUUGUUAUACAUACACAGUCCACAGGUAGAAACCGUGGGCUUCAAUCUUAAGGGCUUCAAUCAGCAGGCAAGUAGUGAAAUAGUUACUACAAAUCCUUAUAAGCAAAAAGUAGUAUUAGGAAAAAAAAAAAAAGACAAUUACUUAGGAAGGUCUUCAUUUUCUUCCCAAAAUGAAGUAGUACGAUUAAGCAAUCUUCCUUGACAGAGCCGUGCGAAAAGGUGUAUUUUACAGGUAACUUUUGAGCUGUUGAAGGUUCAGCCAGAGUAGAGAGUUAAGUGGUCACGAUUCAAGAAAAUGGGAGGGGGUUUAAAAGAGCAUAGCAGCAGCUCUGGAAGGAAGUUAAGUUUGAAGAUCCUGUUGAAUUCUAAAGGUUAAGGCAUUUCUUAUGUUCUGUAGAAAGCUGGGGUGUGUAUUUCAGCACUUUAGAAAGUUGUGUGGUGAGUGUGUCUGUCUGGUACAAGUAGGUUUUUUUUUUUUUUUUUGGCUGCAUUGGGUCUUGGUUGCUGCACGCGGGCU